GCUGUGUCUGCAGUAGCAAAGCAGUGACACAGUGCAGCAACGCCCAAACCCACAGGUUGAGGAUUGAAGCCUUUGGGUCUGAGCUCUGCUCCUGUCAGCCAGGGAUCCACGACAGCUCUGGCCAUUUAGUUGAAGCCCCUGGGCCAUGGCUUUCUGUCUGUAUGCCUUUCAAUAUGUUGUGUUAGAUUUUAUCGGCCAAACACAGCUGAUGUAUUAGAUAGAUACUCCAGGUGUUUAGUGUGUGUGUUUCUGCCACAUUUGGAUCGUUUCUAGCUUGCAGAGUGGCUUUUUAAAUAGGAUAUAGAGCUAGAUCUCGGAGUCCGUUGUUUUUGUGAGUCUGUGUCGUCACUACCAGGCAUUGCUCCGUUCCUUACAGGCCCCCUGCGGCAGCCUGCCUCCUCCUUCUUUUCUUGCAGCGCUUGCGUGAAUGUGCGGAUUCACCACCUCUCUUCUUUCAUGGAAUGACUUUGCUUGUAGGCAGGAAUUGCAUAAUUGUUUCAUUUUUCUCCUGUAGCGGAUUAUCUUUGUGAAUAAAAAACUACAGAAACGCUGCUUAAAAAAAGAAACCAUUCUCCAAUUUGCUCAGCCGUACAGUGACGAGGGGGCAGGGGUGGCAUUUUUGCUGCAGAACGGACGCUAAGAGCUGCGUCCCGCUGGCAGGGGCUGGUAACUGCCGUCGCCCGAGAGAAGGGCGGGCACCGAGUGCCCCCCACGGCCGGUGGCUGCCGCUCUCCGUACCCCUGCGCCGCUCCCGCCCUCGGGUCGGUCGUGAAGCGACCGAAGCUCAGGCUGUGUCGAGUGCGGCCCUUGCGCGCUGCCCAGGGCUGCGCAUGCGCUUGCGCGCGGGGCUGCGGCGCGCGGGCCGGCGGUGUUGCGCCCCCUGGCGGGGCGGGGGCCGGUCGGGCGGCGGUGCCGGUGCCGCCAUGUGGGCCCGGGGGCUGUGGGCGCUGCUGGCCGCGCUGCGGGCCGGCUGGUGCCUGCUGCCGCAGGCCGGCUACCUGCACCCCGACGAGUUCUUCCAGUCGCCCGAGGUGAUGGCAGGUGACAUUUUAAACCUACAGGUCUAUUACCCUUGGGAGUUCCUUUCCAGCUCUCCUUGCAGAACAGUUGUUUUCCCAUUAAUGACAUCUGGAGUUACCUACUGGGUGAUCAAGUCUUUGCAGCAGCUGGACAUGUGUUCAAGUUGCAUCAACAGCUACACCCUUCUCGUGUCACCUCGCCUUCUCUUUACCAUCUUUUCUUUCAUACUCGACUAUAGCGUUUAUCGAUUAGCUCCUUUCUGGGAGGCGGAUCCAUGGAAAGCGCUGGUACUUCUUGCCGGAUCCUAUGUCACUCUGGUAUUUUAUACAAGAACGUUCACCAACACACUCGAAGGACUUCUCUUUGCUCUUCUGAUGGUGCUGGUUUCCUCAAGAAAGGCUGGUGGCAGCGUAGCAGAGCUGACAAGCAGCCCUCUCAUAGGUAUUGUAACGACUGCCGGGUUUUUCAACAGGCCAACCUUUUUGGCAUUUGCUCUAAUGCCCCUGCUUUACUGGGCAGGUUUAAUUGUUGACUCUGAAAAGGGCAUUAAAACUGUCAUAAACCACUUUUUGAAGCUUGUCCUAUGUGCCUGUUUUACUGCUGUUGUUUUCAUAACAGCCGACACCUUCUACUUUACCUCCGUGGGCUUAGACAACCUCUACAGCAUUAAGAACAGCAGCCUACUUGAUGUAAUAGGUCAAUUACAUGAGAAAAUGAUAGUAACCCCUUUCAAUUUCCUCAGCUAUAAUCUUAAUCCUCAUAAUCUUGCACUGCAUGGAAGUCACCCAAGAGUUACACAUUUUACAGUCAAUGGCAUAAUGCUCUUUGGGAUCUUACAUAUUCUGGCCAUUAGUGCUGGUUUUAAAAUGUUGAAGAAAUAUAUCCAUCAAUUAAUACGAGUCAAAUCGUAUUACCAUGGGUCAUCUGGGCUGUUAGUGCAUUCUGAGGGCAAUCCAACGUUACUGCUGUUCUAUUUUGUUCCUUUGGCAUUUCUCUCCCUAUUCAGUCACCAGGAACCUCGGUUUCUCAUUCCUCUCAUCUUGCCAUUGGUCCUGUUCAGCACGUCACAGAAUAGAGCUGUGAAGUGGAAACACGUUAUUACUAUUUUCAAUGUUCUCGGGGCUUUGCUGUUUGGGUGCUUACACCAGGGAGGACUGAUACCAUGUUUGUUUCACCUGGAGCAACUCACUCAUUCUCCGGAGCCCUCAAACGAUCCCAGACACUACACUCUACUCUUCGCUCACACCUACAUGCCUCCUAGGUCUCUGCUUAAUAUCAAGGAGCGAGACACACAUAUAGAAGUCAUUGAUAUGGCUGGGUCUGGAGAAGAAACCCUCUGCCGGAUAGUAGGGCAGCGAGCAAACAAUUUUACCUGCAACAACUGUCAUGUUUUUGUUAUAAUCCCUGGUACAGUCAGAGCCACGAUUACAAAAUGUGGUGUCUCGUUCAAGAAUGAGACUUUGAUAUUUCCACACUUAUCAAUGGAAGACCCACCACAACUACCCUUCCUAUUCAGUGGAAAUUGGAGAAGCCAGUUAGGACUAUACAUCCUUCAGCUAGACAGAGAUCAGCAGAGCCUUUAGAUUCUAGGAGAACAAUGUUGUAGUUUUUCACUUCACUGGGGCGCUGCCCAAGUGUGCUGCAAGACCUUCCUCUUCACAGACCCAUCUUCAGCACAAGCGGUGGCACUGGGACUUGCCCUGAGUCUCUUUAUUCCCUUUCUUCAUAAACUUAACACUCAUCAAUAUAGCCAGUUCUGGAUAGAACCUGCUUAAAAUUUGAGUUAUUCAGCCCCUGUGGUGUUUCAUAUGAACUUGUGUUAAUUUUUCUGAUGAGAGAGGAUGAAAUCAGAGUCCACCAAAACAGAUUCAAGCUUAGCUCUUUCUGUGUAAGAUUUAUUUUUGAAGGUUCUUAUAAUCUCUGACAGAGGGUUUGUGCAUUGUGUGUUUUUUGCUGGUAAUAGGCAUAAACUCAGCUGCUGGAGAGCAGUUACAGGACUAGACGAAAGAUGGUCUGACUCAAUAAGGUUGUAUUUUUGUGCUCUUAAAAAUUCAGAGCAUCCUGUAUAGGCACCAGCGCUGUAAUAUUGUCUUGGCUGGUUCUGUCUUGAAAAAUCCCUGGCGUUGAUCUGACAGGAUCUGAUUUAGUACAUGGAAGAUACUUCAGCAUAAGUACUUGUGCUAAAUCCUAAAAUCCAAGCUUUGCCUGCUUAGCGUUUCCUUGCUACACUUCCAUUCUUGUGGACACACUACAUAUGUAUUACAUACAGCAGCUUGAGAGUGCUGCAUUUUGACAGCGUUAAGCCCGUCUGUUGUUGAGCCGUGCAAACGGGGCAGCCCUUCCCUUGCGUGCUCCUGCUGUGCGUCUCACAGCUUCCAUCGCUCUGUCGUGGCUCCCGCACUGGCAACGGUGCAGCGCAGGCCCUGCAGACAGAAAAUGGGUAACUCACAGGGAUUUGAUGCUUUGUGUGUGUUUGACCAGAUGUAUCUCCAAACUGGCUUACCGCAGGGUCAGAGAUCCACCAGUUCUGCUGCAGGGAAGCGUGUGAGGAUCCGAGGGAGGAGCCGCAUCCCCUGCGCCCCCCUCCCCUUCAGUAAUGGCUCCCAGUUAAAUCAGCUUGGUGAGAAUGACAGGUCACAUCCUGGCUCUCAAAUGGAGAAGAGUCCGAUUUUAAAGCAGGAUACAAAUAAUCCUGAGCUUCAGCUGAGAAUGAUGCAUAUGCUUAAUAGUAUAACCCAACUAACCAUUUUCGGUUUUGCCUGCAUGAAUUUCUGGAUCCAAAACAUUGCGACACAGACGGAGAUACUAAUUUGGCACAUACAGUGUAGGUCAAGCCUCUCUCUAUGAAAUGAAUCCAACACUUGAGUUCUUUCUGCUCACAAAGGCAGCAAUGCUUUUUGCAGUUCUUCAUCCGCACAGCUUUAUGUAAGGUCUUAUGAGCCAGUUUUUUAACAGAGACAAUAUAGGUUGAUGCCAGGCUCUAGAGGGAUGCUAGGAAAAUUCCCUGUGUGUAGGAUUUGCCUCUAUCUUCCAAAUUAUACACAUGAGCUAGAUUUUUAAGUAACAUAGUUCUUGCUCUCUUGUAAAACAUUUUGUGUUAAGUCUCCCCUACAUGUUCAUCUCACAUCCCUCAUUACUGACAAGCCUGUAAAUUAAAGGUGUAUGUUUUGGGGGGAGGUAGGGGAAGACAGGGGUGCAUGUAUGUAUGUACUGAUGACUCACAAAAUAGUGAAAGGAGUUAUGAAAGCAUCAUGACACCAAGUGUAUUCUCCAAGUUAAUUUCCUUUUUGUUCUCUUACAUUGGGAUGACAGCCGUGUGCCAGAGCUGGUACUCCAUGUCCUGCUUACUAUUUUUAGCUUUCUUAAACAGCUUACAUUUUGAAAAUUAUUUUCAUAAAACUUAUCACCUCUGGCAAUCUCAGCGGGGUAGAUCCUGAAACUCUUCAAGGAUGCAAUGGAGCACCAUUCUGAUGGCACAAUGACAGCUCUACUGCUAGCCAGGUAACCUGUGAUAGAGAACCUGGACUACAAAUGCUAACUCAGACUGAAAAUACACUGCUUUUGUCUUGCCAGCUAGACCUUUUAUCAUUUACAUCAUAGAUGCAGUUUUUCCAUCCAUGCACACCUAAGUCUUUGUUGGUGGGAAGUGUAAUUUUAUCAGCAAUGCCAGAAACUGUAUCUCAGAUCAUUUGCAAGGUUCUUUUCACCUGGGGUGAUACAAAGAAUGGAAAUCAUCCUUCCCAGUUACCAAGCACCUAGUCAGCUGGACUAAACAGUGAAAUAUGCUAUGAAGGAAGCUUAACUACUACUUGUCUCAUAUGUUGUUAGAUACAGCAACUUAAGUAAACCACCCCAGUGCAGUGCACUACAUAUGAUGGAUACAUCUUUUUCCAUACUUAUAGUUAGGAUAGCUCUAUUGGUCAUUUUUUCCCCCAACCCUUCUUGCUACCAUAGACUUGAGGUGUGCUACUGAAUCUCUUUUACCUACCUGUAAAAUGG